AUGGACCCUAUGCAGCCUGCUGCUGCUGCUGCAGCUGCAGCUGCAGCAGCAGAAUCAGCUGCAGCAGCAGAAGCAGCAGCAGCAUCGGAGGGCCCCACAGACACAACAGCUGCUGCUUCUGCAGCUCCGACAAACACCAGAGAAGAAACAAUUGCCAGGGGCAGCUCAGCAGAAUCUGAGUCGCAGUACUUAGACUUGCAGCAGCAGCAGCAGCAGCAGCAGCAGCAGCACCAAGAGCAAGCUCCACAACAGCAGCAGCAGCAGCAUCAGCAUGCCCAUGAUUGUAAUAUUCCUGGGUCUGUUGUCUUGCAGCAGGGCCCCCCUGCUCAGCAGCAAAUUGCUGAUAGACAAUUAACAAGUGAAGCAGCGGGGCUCCUUGCUGCUGCUGCAGCAGCUCCUGCCACCUUGCAGCAGCACGAAGUGCAGCAGCACGCCCAUGUAGUUCGCUCUGACCCACAGUUAUACCUGCAGCAGGAGCCGCUGUGGCGCCCGCAGCAGCAGCAGCAGCAGCAGCUGCAGCACCAGCAGCUGCAGCACCAGCAGCUGCAGCACCAGCAGCUGCAGCAGCAGCGACAACCCAUGCACUGCCUGCAGCAUCAAUUGCCAGCGCAGCCCUUGCACCAGCAGCAGCAACAACAACAACUACAGCAGCAACUGCUGCAGCAGCAGCAGCAACUGCUGCAGCAGCAGCAGCAACCUUCAAGAGAACAAUCACAAGAAGCUCCAGGUGGUGCAUCUGCGGGGCUAUCAAAUACACUGCAGCAAAAUGCGCAGCAGCAGCACUUCUGUGCUGCUCAUCUUAUGCUUCCCAUGCUGCUGCAGCACCAGCAGCCACAACAUCUGCUGCAACAGGAGCACCAGCAGCAGCAACAGCAGCAGCAGCAGCAGCAGCUACCCCUCCUGCUGGAAAGCUCUCACCUUGGAGACCACUCGUAUCAGCCGCAGGGGCUCUUGCUGCUGCAUGAACUGCAGCAGCAGCGGCAGACGCUGCAGCAGCAGCAGCAGGCAGCACUGCAGCAACAGGCGCUGCAGCAGCAGCGGGAGACGCUGCAGCAGCAGCAGCAGGCGCUGCAGCAGCAGGCGUUGCAGCAGGAGUUCUGGAAGACCCCUGGGGAACCGUUGCAGCAGCUGCUGCAGCGCCAUGUGCAGCAGCAGAACAUGCAGCCGCUGCAGCAGCUGGCUGGGCCCUCCGAAGCUGCUGUUGCUGCUGCUGCUGCUGCUGCUGCUGCUGCUGCCGUCAACCCUCAGAGCACGACAGCAGGGUUCUUGAGGUCUUCCUCGUCUCUUCCAGCGGUGCAGCAGCAGCUGGGGCCUUCUCAGCACCAGCCCCCGACGCAGCAGCAGCUGCAGCAGCAGCUGCAGCAGCAGCAACAACAUCUGCAACAAAUCCAAGAGCACCACAUGCUCCCGCGUCAACUGCAAUCUGAGCAGCUGCAGCAGCAACAGCUGUUCCAGCAGCAGCAGCAGCAGCUACUGCUGCUGCAUCAACAGCAGCACCAACUCCUGCAGCAGCAACAGCAGCUGCUACACCAGCAUCAGCAGCAGCAGCAGCAGCACCAGCAUCUCCACUGCCAUGAGGUGUACGAAGCUGCGGCCUCAAUAACGAGGCUAGAGCAGCCAAACCUGCUGCAGCAGCUGCAACAACAGCAACAGCAGCAGCAGCAGCAGCAGCAAGUCGCAAUAGAUGGGGAAACGGCCCAAACAACCCCUGCACAGGCUGCAGCACGAGCAGCAGCAGCAACAGCAGCAGCAGCAGCAGCAGCUAAAAUGGCCGCUGCAACAACGAGUGGCAGCAGCAAGUACGAUGAGAAAGCAAGAAGCAGCAGCAGCAGCAAAGUUGGCAGCAACAACAACAGCAACAGCAGCAGCAGCAGCAGCAGCAGAUUCGGUCGCAGCGCCUCUGUUAGUUUUGGGGGGUUCCCUCAGAGCAGCAGCAGCACUCUAUCUGCUGAGGCCUCUCAUUUGCUACAAACGGAGGUCAAAGCAGAAACUAGCAGCAGCAGCAGCAGCAGCAGCAACAGCAACAAACGCAGACAAUCAGCGAAGCGCGGCCGAGCUCAAACUGCUCCACAACGGCAGCAGCAGGAUGAGUGGUUGCAGCAGCAGCAGCAGCAGCAACUGCAGCACCAACAACAACAGCAGGAACAGCAGCAGCAAGGACUGGGGGAGGCGAGCAAAUGCGGCUCAACGGGGUGUGAGGAGAGCAGCAGCAGCAGCAGCAGCAGCAGUAGCUUUGGUCAUCCUAGCAGCAGCAGCAGCAAGAGCAGCAGCAGCAGAAAGAGUGACAGCGAAUACAUCAGCAGCAGCACCAGCAACAGGAGGACCGACGGCGAGAGCAACAGCAGCAGCGGCAGCAGCAGCAGCAGCAGCAGCAGCAGCAGGAAGAUGCAGCAGACGUGCAGUUGCUCUCGCAAUAAAAAAGAAAGAAGACGCUUAUAUUUAGGGGGCCCCCCAUCUACUUCACUUUCAGGGGAUUCCCAGGGGGCCCCCCCUGGGGGCCCCUUUGGGGGCCCCCCUAUUGGGGGCCCCUUUGGGGGCCCCUUUGGGGGCUCUUUUGGGGGGCCCCCUUUGGGCCCCUAUGGAAGCCACUUUGGGGGUCCCCUUGGGGGCCCCCCUAUUGGGGGCCCCCCCAUUGGGGGCCCCCCUAUUGGGGGCCCCUUUGGAGGCCCGUUUGGGGGCCCGUUUGGGGGUCGUAAUGAUGGGGGGCCCCCUGGUGUAUCGUUAGGAUUUGGUCGGGGUGUAUGGUGUGAAGGAGAGGGGGCCCCUAAGCGUUUAGAUUUGUCUUCUUUUGUUGGGGAGCAAUGGAGUCAUAGACUGCAGGGCAAGUGCAUUAUUGUUGUUCGCAGACUGCCUUUUGAUGUUUUAAUGCCGAAUAACUGUGCUGCUAGGAUUGAACAAAUGAUGCUGGCGAAGACAGAAGCAGAAGCUGCAGCAGCAAAAAACUCUGAUACCAGCAACACUCCUCCUCCUGCUGCUCCUACUGCUGCUGUUGCUGCUGCUGCUGCUGCUCAUGCUCAUGAAGCUGCAGAUGCUGAUGAUGGUUCUUCUGCUGCUCGUCAUCCUGCUUCUGCUGCUGGUCCUGCUGCUGCGGCUGCGGCUGCGGCUGCUGCUGCUGCUGCUGAUGCUGCUGAUGCUCAGCAGCAAGUUGAAGAUCAAAUCGUGCAGCAGCCUAUUCACUCUCUGUCUUUUGGUGGGGCUUCACAAACGAGGAGACUGCCAAGCGGCCUUCUAUAUGCAUGCAGCUCUUUAGAAAACCUAGGGCACCGAUCUGCUGCUGCUGCGGAUCCCUCUUAUGCUGCAGCAGCAGCAGCAGCAACAGGCCCUGGUGGGGGUGAAAGAGGCGAUCCAGCAACAGCAACAGCAGCAGCCGGAGCAGCAGCAGCAGCAGGAGGUAUUCAUGGGAGCAGCGUUUGGAGCUCUUCAGCUGUGCAAGGACUAGAAAGCAGCAGCAGCAGCAGCAGCAGCAGUUGCUGCUGCGCUGGAGAUGCUUUACGGGUGCGUUCAUUAACACUAGCGAAAGAGCUUUUAAACAGAGUUCGCAGCGACAUGCAGCUGAUGCCGAAAAGAGGUAAAGCUAUACGAAGCCUUUUAGAGGUUCCCGUUGCUCAGUUAGAAGCCUCACGUUCAGACAGCAACCUGCUGCUGCUGCAGCACCAGCAGCAGCAACAGGAGCAGCAGGAACAGGAGCAGCAGCAACAGAUUCCAGGGGGUACAAGUACCAGCAGCAGCAGCAGCAGCAGCAGUCAACAGCAGCAGCAGCAGCAGAUUCCUUCUUCUAAGACCCCUAUUGCUGCUGCUGCUGCAUCUCUCUCGCCUCCUCCUCCUCCUCCUCGUCCUCCGCAGCAGCAGCAGCAACAGCAACAACAGCCCCAUCAUCAGCAGCAGGAACAGCAGCAGCAGCAGCAGCAGCAGCAGCAGCAGGAGCAAGGUGAUGAAGAAGCAGACAGCUUGGUAGUCCUAAGAGGGGCAGACAUAGCGUGGAAUAUAGCAGAAAGUUUGUCUCCUUAUUUGAAGUGUAUAACCAUCUCUGAUUUAGGUGUACACUCAGAUGAUAUGCGAUUAACAGGCAGCGAAUUAAACUUAAUUAAACAUAAAAUAUCUUUAGCUUUAAAAAAACAACAUCCAAAUGUAUAUCCUAUUUCGCUGACAAAAGAAGCAAGAAAAGAAUCGUUCUCAGAACAAAUAUUAAAUACGCUCUUUCAUUGUAGAACGCCUCCUGUCGGUAAGAUAAAUAUAAUAAAAUAUAAUUAA